AUGGGGACUAAUGCUGCUCUUGAGAAGAGACUAGCAGAGCUUCAGGAGACGGUUGCUGGCCUGACUAAGAGUAUCCAGGAGGACAGAGAUAAAAGGGAGACUCAAAAUCGGCCUGGAAUGGUGAGGACAGAGGACAGGAUGGUGAGGACAGGAGAAAUGAUCACUAGGACAGGUUAUUCGGAGACACCAGGAAAUGGCCAAUAUCAACCAAAUACAUCGCGGGGUUUUGGUAACGCCGAGGCCUAUGUGUACCUGACCACGUGUUGUGGCAGGUUGUGCCCCGAUUACACUAGGGUUGUGCCCGAAGUGGCUCUCCUACUGAGGCCGACGACGCGUCUCGCAUGA